AUGUGGUUUCUGCACGACGGUGCCCCAGCACAUUUCAGUCAUUCAGUUCGUCAACAUUUAAACAACAUCUUUGAAAAUAAAGUGAUAAGUCGAGGUGGUCCUGUCCCUUGGCCACCACGAUCACCGGACCUAAUACCAUUGGACUUUUAUUUGUGGGGUCUUAUGAAGGCCAUGGUAUACAACACCGAAAUUGUCAACCUCGAGGAUCUCAGCAACCGGGUGCAAGCAGCAGCGGCGGAAAUUCGUCAACAAGGUUUGGGCCUUGCAGAGUAUGUGGGGUCCUGGGUACGCCGAGCCAGACUUUGCAUACAACAAGAAGGUGAUAACUUCGAACAACUUUUGUCUAAAAAAUAA